AGAAUACAUGCCAAAAGGGAUUCACAAUAGCGCCACAAUGUUUGCUGUAGAAACAUUGAAGUUCUUGGACGUUGAGUUGACAAAUGGAACGGCCUGUACCGGCACGCACGUGCGUAUCACACCCAGAUCACAUGAUUCGGUGAACCGUUCAACCCAACCAGGACCUGACACCAAACCCACCCCCCACUUGAUACCUCGACCCCUCGACCCGACGAAUCCUCUCACCUCGCCACGGCGCCCACCUCACCGGAUCCAUGGCCGCAGUUGAAGAUCACGCCGUCUACAACGAGGGAGACAUCGACGACGAGGACGACGAGGAGAGUCUAGAUCGGACCCGAAACGACGCCGCUAUGGAUGAAGACGACGACGACGACGACGAGGACGUCGAGGAUUAUUCCACUUCCUCCUCCAACCUCGCCGCUCCAGAUCCCCUUCACAUCUCCUCUGCUCACCCUGCCCCCCGGGCGCUGGUUUCUUCAGGCGAUGUCACGAUCGCCGUCGCCGGUGUGAACUGCGAUCCGGGUUACCUCAAUUUGAAGCCGCACCGGACCGAUAACGUUUCUGUGGCUGCGACCUCGCUCACCGUCUACGAAGAGAAGAAGCCACCUGCUGCCUUUGACGAUUCCAGGAAGCUGUUCCAGCGGCUCUGGACGGACGAGGACGAGAUCGAAUUGCUGCAAGGGUUCCUGGAGUACACGACGCAUCGCGGCGCGAUUAAUUCGUCGCACCACCACGAUACGACCGCUUUCUAUGACCAGAUCAAGAACAAGCUGCAGCUGGAAUUCAACAAGAACCAGCUCGUCGAGAAGCUCCGGCGGUUGAAGAAGAAGUACCGGAACAUCGUGAGCAAGAUCAGCGCUGGAAAAGAUUUCGUCUUCAAAAGCGCCCACGAUCAAGCUACCUUCGAGAUCUCGAAUAAGAUCUGGAGCAACGGCGGCUCUGCCGUGCGCGGCGGCGGCCCUGUGCUGUCCCUGCCAGCUGUGGAAUCAGGCGGGUUUGAAGAAGAGUAUGCAAAUCCUUACCCUAACCAAAGUUCCAGCAUCAAUGACCAUAGCCCCAAUCUUAACUCCAAUUCCGUGGACCCUAAAACAACACCACGCUCAAGAAAAAGGUUGAGAGUAGGUGCUGCCGUGAAAGUGGAAGAAAAACAAGGGUUGAUUAGUGAACAAUGUCAGCCAUCACCCAGUGUCACUGUAGUGACACCUCCUAUUCCUAUAGCAAACAACACCCCCACCCCCACCCCCACCCCCACUGCAGCGCCAGCUACUUCUCAGACUGUCACGGCUACUCAAAUUCCAAGUUUGAUUGAGGAAACUGUCAAAAGUUGUCUGUCUCCCAUAUUCAGAGAGUUACUGAGCAGUGUGACACGUUUGAAUGGGGGCUCGAGAGGGUUCGGAUUUGGAAUGGGAUUAGGCCCGGUACCACUCGGUUUAGGAGGAGAGGGAGGAGGGCUUUCAAUGAGUGCUGAAAUGAUGGCUGAUGAGAAGUGGAGGAAACAGCAAAUGCUAGAGCUGGAGGUAUAUUCAAGGAGAUUAGCUUUGGUGCAGGAACAAAUAAAGGCUCAAUUGGAUGAGCUGAGAUCAAUGGGAAGCUGAUGAUGGAGUAAAGGUUGUAUUUUUAAAUUAUUAAUAAUUUAUUUAUAAAUCUGCAGUAGGUCGUAAACUUUAUCCAUUGUUGACAAUGGCUGAAAGAUUAGCGGGGCAUUCUGAUACCUGUUUAGAUUUAACGGUGGCUGUUAUAAAUAACGAGUUUAAUUCUGUAUUUCCUGGCUUGUUUGGAAAGUUCAUAACUUUGUGCAGAUAGAUGCUUGACAUGUAUAUGGGAAUGGAUACGGUAAAAGUGAGCCUUUUUAUGUUCUGCGAAGACAAAUUUUCAAUCUUUUAAAGUUAUAAUGUGAUAUGUGCCUGUCAUUACCUUGUUUGAUCUUUUCAUCAAUAUUUUGAUUGGCUUGUCUGUGAAGCUCUAACACAGUGUAGUAGUCAGUAUCGUAUUUGAUAUAUUCCUCUCUGAUAGCUUCCAUGUGGAGUCAACUUUUUGUGUAUAGAAAGUUACUUGAAAUGUGCAUGGAAAUUGUUCUCAUAAGAGCUUCAAGCUACUACGUAUGAGAGAGGCAUGACAAAUAAUAAACAUAAAUAUAUCCAGUUUAAAUAAAUGUUGUAUUUUCAUCAUCAUUUUCUUUCCUUCCGGAUGUCUGGUUACUCUGGUAUAGUUU